AUGAAACAAGCAGCUUUCUAUCACCUUCAGAACAAUGCGAAUGCAGAUUCCACCGUGACCAUGGAUCCACUCCGCGAGCUCCAGAACUCCAAGCAAAGCUUUAUGCGAGUCAGUCGACAGCGUGAUACACAACGGAAAAGCCGGACAGUCCUCUCAUGCACUCCAUGUCGACAACGCAAAGUGAAGUGUGAUCGCCUGGCACCUUGUAGCCAAUGCACCCGCCGCAGCGCGGCUGAGUCGUGCGACUAUCUACCCAUCUCUAAUCAGGCAGAUAUUCCAACUUCCACUUCACCAUCGCCUUUACAGAACAGUGCCACAAUACCUAAUGAUGCGGAAUGUACAGAAGUGUACCCAGUGAGCCCAGUGGAUAUACGACAGCAUACAAAUACACUACGGGGCCCUACAAUCACUUUAACAGCGUCAUGCAAUAAUAAUAGUCCUAUUAUAUCGGCUCAAAUGGGCUCCGUUGACACACUGACCCAGUCUUGUUUUCAUGGGUCAGGGACAAGAACUAGAUUCUUUGGCCGAAGCCAUUGGGCCUUGACAAUGGACAUGUUUCCCGAUCUCAAAGCUCAUCUUCAAAAACACCAUAAAGUUAAGAAAGGACUUUCUGGUGCGGACUCGAAUAAUGCCCAAGGCGUGAGUCGCACGAAGCAAAGGCGAUUGCAAAGAACAUAUCAAACACAUGCCCAGAUGAACUCAGAACCACAGGGGCUGGAAAGCAUGAUUCCAGCUCGCCCGAUAACCGAUGAACUUGUUCAGAUCUAUCUGUCGACUUUUGAAACUACACUCCGCAUCUUGCAUGUCCCUCAGUUCUUGGCCGAGUAUGAAGAGUUUUGGAAUUCAACAGACCAGCCGUCCUCAAAUGAUUGGUCUCGAGAUGUAUUUGCAGCCAAGCUGCUCGGAGUACUGAUAUGCGCGACACCUCUUGUUGACACUGAAAUAUCGACCGAUGAAGACCGAUCUCAAGUUUCGAAUAGAGCGGCAAAAGGCUGGUUACAGGCAGUGGGUUCUUGGGUGAAAACGAUAACCUCAUAUGCGAAGCUGGAUCUAGACUUUAUUCAAGUAAUGUGUCUACUGUUAGUAGCGCGACAGGCUAUCGCGUAUGAAGGCGAUCUUGCCUGGCUUGCUGCUGGGUCUCUCAUUCGAGAAGCUAUGAUGAUUGGUCUACAUCGUGACCCCAGUAAUUUCAAGGGCAUAUCACCUUUCUUUGCGGAGAUACGUCGGAGACUUUGGUUCACGAUCGUUGAGCUAGACCUUCAGGCGGCUUUGGAUACUGGCGUCCCAGCAACCAUUUCGGAUGAUGAAUUUGACUGCGUGCCGCCGUCGAACCUCAAUGAUGAGGAAUUUUCUAUUGAAUCGUCUAUACCUCCCGCUGCUAAGCUGUCCACAGUCUUGACCAGAACAUCUUUUCAAAUCUCCUUAGCGCAAACUUUGAGUGUCCGGAUCAAGGUUGUCAAAAUUAUCAACCUGAUUGGCUUAACAUCGACCUAUCAGGAUAUCUUAGAUCUGAGUCAAGUUAUUACAACGGAUCUGUCUCAGUCCUCGUUUUUAACUGGCCUCAACUGCGAUAAAGAUGCUGCAUAUUCGGAAUUUUGA